AGUGAUAUUCAACUAAGAAAUGAAAUGACAACGCGCAAUGUUUAUGUAGAAAAGAGCUGGUUCUAGAGUAUUGAGUCCUGGCGCGUGCUGGCGGCAUGUCGCUGGCGUUGGCGUGAUUUUUGAGCGUGUACGGAUCUUAAAACGUCUUGGACAUGACAUGGUAUCGAGCGUGAAACAUGAGAAAAGCUUUGCGAGCGAUGGGUGACAACGCUGUCCGUUGCCGUUGCGUCGAGCCGUUCCAUUUUGCGUAAUUUCUGUGCCGUCGAAGCAGUGCUAGCUGCCGCAUAACAAGAAGCACGAGCUUGCACGAAACAGUCGUGGUGGUGUGUCGAAAACACGUGGUUGUAUCCAUCGGCAGUAGGCUACGAUUUCGGGUGACAUCGCCGACACUUGUGAGUCGGCCCCCGUGCAAUGAUUCACUUUAAACUAGUAGGAGACGACAGAGUCAACGUCGUUGCAUCGCGUUCGCUGUGGCGAGCCCGUGCACUACAGUCGUCGUCGGCGAAAGUGCUGUGCCUUCACACGUGCGAAGUGAUGCCCUCGCGUGAUGGAUGCCGUGGGUAGGGCCCAAGGAUGCUCGGCUUGCGGUAUCGGGACUUUCAAGAACAAGCAGGAGCAGUUUCAGCAUAGUUUCUCGUUGGAGCACCACACAAGAGUUGACGAGCAGUCUCAGUCGACUUCGUAUCACAACUGUGACCUCUGCAAGAAAAGGGCAGGGCCACUGCAGAACUUUGCUGCCCACCUUCGUGGCCACAAGCAUCGGCGGGCGUUUGAGAUGUACAAGGAAACGUGGUCUGGCAAGGGAAGAAGCAUCCAGAGCCAAGCCUAAACCAAGCCUAAGACAGAGCGAAAGAGCACAAGGUGCGUCCAAAGCCAACAAAAAGACGCCACUUUCCAAGGGAAAACAGGUCAAGAAGCUGACAAAAAGUGGAGCCACCACCAAAAAGAGCACUAAGCAAGUCCUCAAGAACUGCGAUCGAAAGACUAGAUACGGCAACCAAGGAUCCCAAAGGUCAAAGGAUACCAAUUCACAGGACUACAAGGACACCCAGCAAAAGGAGCCGUCAAGAAGAGGGAGCUGGCCAUCUGCCGGAUCAGGAGCCAAGCCAAGCAAGAGGGCGUCUUUUCAACGAGACAGCAGCGAGCCAACACCCUGUCGGAGAUCACGAGACGACCCUCGCAACCGUUCCUGCAAGGACAGCUCAUUUGAGGGGGACUCAUCACCGGUAGAAAAGCCUGGCACCGACGGUGACUACGAAAUGAACAGGAACUGGAAUGGACCCCCUCGUUUUCCGAUGGGCCCGUAUGGUAGAGGAGGGGCCCCCUUCAUGGGUUAUGGCGGACGGGGCAACCCUCCUCCUUGGAGCAGACCUCCUCCGCCACCACGGCACCCUUUCAACCGGUAUGACGGUCCUAGGCCAUUUAAUAGGUACAACCAUCAUCCGCCGGCAGAGGGCCCCUCCUCAUGGAACAGAGACGACUAUGGCUAUGGCUCUGGAUCGUACGGAAAUGGUGGGUGGCAAGGUGGCAGCAAGCAUCGGAAUUGGGAUGCACACGAGAAUGACACGCGUCAAGGCAGCGACAGUGCCAGCGGAGGGGGUGGUCGCAGGUCACGUCACCAUUCUCCAGAAAAUGUGCCCAGGACUGGUAGUCACAAUGAACACACAGCGACUGGGGCUAACAAGGAACAAGGUGAAAAGCCAGCAGGCCGAAACAGCAGCAGCGGCGGCAUCAGCGGUUCAUCUAAGUUGCAUGGUCUGGGUUCCAACGGAAAGUCUUCUGUGGCCGCAAAGUCAAGUACCCCAGCAAACACCAAUGAGCAUAGCAGCAACAAGGUGUCAUCAUUACCAGCAAAACCUUCAAAAUCAGCCUCUGGAGCAGCAGCAGGGGCCACCUUGGCGAAAGAUCCGCCUGCUCGAAAAGGAGAAGGCAGCGCAAAGAGUGAUUCAUUGCCACGCCAGUCUCAGAAAAAAGAUUUGGAGGUGCAGAAUCCAAGCAAACCUGUCAGCAAGAUCGUCAAGAAACCUUUAUCACAAACUCCCACCAUCAAGUGUACCUCCAGGAAGGCAAACGCAACAUCCAGUCCGAGGCUAUCGCCGAGAAGCAAAUCGGCGGAUGGUUCAAAAAGUGUGGCAGGUCCUGUCAAAACAGGAGAAAGUUCAUCAGCACUGGCAACCAAGGUUGUUGGUAAACCAAAGCCCACAACUAGGAGCAGCACUUCGCCCUCACCGGUGGCAACUGAGAUUAAAACAAAAGUGAAACAGGAGGCCAGCGAAGGCACAGAAACCACCACGGCUGCAUUAUCGUUUUCAUCUAACCGGAACCACCUCAUAUUUCUCUCCUCCGAAGAGGAAGAUGCAGACGCACCUGGCGAAAAGGUGACAUCAAAGAAGAAGUCAAGACCAGAUGGCGACACCACGACAGGAGACAAAACGGUGCCAAGGGCAAAAUACAGCAAUCCGGCUGCAGGGUCCAUGCCCCCUCCCAGUCCUGAGAGGGGGGAGCCUCAGGUGAAGAAGGUGGUGCUGAGGAGCCCAAAGCUUGGGCCGCUUUCGAACAGGGACAUCUAUCGCAGAGAUGUUCUGGACAAGCUGGUGAACUUCCCGUCAUCACCACAGGUGCAGGCGCAGCUUAACAAGUGGAUGAUGGAGAUGCAGAAGUCCCAAAGAUCUGUGACAUCGCGGAAGACGAUGAGGCUGUGCGCGACACAAGCCCGCCUGGGGCAGGAGGAUGACGCCCUGCUGGGCAGCAUCCCCAACAUUGAUUUCGACGUGCUCUUCAGGCAGGUUGAGUCGUGCGAGCUCCCCGAGGAGAUGCUCAAGAGCCUGAUGCAGGCUCUCAGCACAGAUGCGGAGCAGCCUCACUCGACCGCGGCCGAACCGCCAUCAUCGAUCACGGCAAGUCUCGGCUCAAAAGCGAGCGGUCUGCGCUUAACACCAGAGUUGAGGGCUAGCCCUCAAUCGACGCCACCUUUGGGCAGCGCAGCUGCAAAGUCUGUUACCACAAAAGCAAGUCCGGCUUCUGUGAAACUCUCGAGUGCCGCGGAGAGCCCUGGUGUGAAGAGCACUUCACGUGUGUCCGUAAAGCUGGAAGCGGCAACGAGCUUGGCCGAUGCUGGAACUUCGUCUUCGGAGGACGAGUGCAUAGUGGUUCCGAGCCCAACGAAAAAAGUGGUGCCGGUGCUGAUAGACUCGGAUGAUAACGGCUCUACGGACGAAGAAGACAACAGGCCGAGCACAACAACGCCGACAGUGAAGGCGUUAAGCGGAAAGGCCACACCUGAACAUUGUGCUCAGUCAUCGUCACCGCUGGCACAGGAAGGCGGCCAUCGAGUGCGCAAAAUUCAAAAGCCCGCCCGAAGAAAAGGCAGGCAGCCUUCCGAGAGUGUGGACGGCAUCCUCGCCGACAGCGCCGCAGCAUUGUCGAGGCUCCUGCCCGACGAAAGUGGCCGCAGCAACGUUAGGGUGGUGGAAUUGUCCCAAGAGUCGAAGAGGCCGUCACCAACGUUGAAGAGCACCGCACCUACCACUGCUGCCCGCUACGCCGGCUCCACGGCCACGGUCUCCUCGUCGGUAGCGUCCAGUAGUCGUGGCAGGUGUUCUGCACAGACAUCAGUUUCCCCGCCGACCUUUCCAGAGGCUCCCUUGGAACAGCUAGCAGCAGGGCAUUCACCGCUGCCAAACAUCGCAACCUCGUCACCACUACCGUCGGUGGCAGCCGUACCCAAAGUGGAGCCACCCCCAACGCCACCACCUCCUGCCACACCGCCUGAAGAUGCUGCGCCACUGGGUGCCAUUCCACCAGGUGCCAUGCCACCAGGUGCAUUUCCACUGGGUGCCUUUCCACCGGGUGCCUUUCCACCGGGUGCAUUUCUACCAGGCACAUGUCCAGUGGGUGCCAUGCCAUCGGGCACCACUCCACCACUUCCUGUAGCAGUGAAGAGCCUGGUCGGUGACCUGACGCUUCGGUGCCAGCAGGAGGACGCCAUCCGCCAGGAACUUGCGCGCAUCGAGGAGGGCAUUGUCUCUGCCCUCGCCACAUUGGAGCAGCUCAGGAAGAGAAAAGAAGAGCUGCUGGGAAGAGAAGCUCAAGUCAGGAAAGAAAGGCUGGAAAUACUUCAGUGUCUUCAAGGGGCUGCGUCGGCAUUGCCAGGUGACAGUCCACCCUUGCUGCACUUCACGCUGCCGGCGCAAAGUCCCACAGCUGUGGAGAUGCUUUCCUCGUUUGGCACCAGCGGCACCGACGUGAUGUUCGGCGCCUCGCAGGUCCCACCAGGUGGCGCUUCUCCAGUCACCGUCGGGCAGGCGGGAGGGUCAUUUCCCCAAGCAUCUGCGCCCACGGCUAGGGAGAUGGCGGAGCUCCUGCUGCCACACCUACAGCAGUUUGGGGCAGACAUCGACAUCAACAACUUGACCACAUCGAUAGCUUCGGGUGGCCCAUCGAUGCCAACGAUGUCACCCGAAGUGAGCGGGGGACCAUCGUCAAGAAGGCCCACGGCAAAACGGAGAACAGCAAAGGAUGGGGAGCCAACCACGACGAGGAAAAAAGCAAGGACAGCUAAGCAAGACGCAGACGGGGAAAUUGAGGAGUCGCAACUGGAUCAGAUUCCUCCUUGCCAAGAAAUUUCAGCACAUGACUCGCCCGUUGUGGCGCUCAAGCUUCUUGGGCAUUACGUCUACUCCUGUUCCAACGACUGUUCUGCCCGUCGUCACAACCUCCUGGAUUCCAGCCAGUGUGUCAAGUACCUGGGAAGUAGCAAGACAGUGAAUGCAAUUGAGGUGCACAAUGCGAAGAGCCCAUCUGCAGUGGUGUACACCGGUUCGCUCGACGGGAUCCUUCGGUCCUACGACCCUGAGACUGGGGAAUACCUCAACAGCUUCAAUGCGGAGGCACCCAUCAUCUGCACGACACUAGCCUGGGGCAAAAUCUACCUUGGCCUGCAGACAGGACAUGUCGCAGUGUUCAACCUCAAGUCUCAGAAGUUCCAAGACAACUUCUACUGCUCCAAUGCCUCUGUGAGCCGCAUCACAACUUCGACGGAAGGAGCUCAGAAGCUCCUUUGCACCAUCACCUUCGACGGCAGCAUCACAGUCCGUGACCCGUCGACUGGUCUCCUGUUCCGGUGCUUCGAGGGGUGCGUGCAGCCCCCAUGCUACAUCGCCAUCAACAAUGGCAUCGUGUACACAUCUUCAACAGACCGCACGAUACGCAUCCAUGAGCUUCGGACGGGCUGCCUCCAGAAGGUGUACGAAUGCCGAAGUGCUGCCACGGGACUGCGCUUCCACAAGGGCCUCAUCGUGUGUUGCUCCUUUGACGGCCUCAUACGCUGCUACAGGGCCAAGGACUUCUCGUGCGAUGUGGUCUACUAUGGUGCAGGCAAGAACAUGGUCAUGAGCAUGGAUGUCAGCGGCCCACUGAUUGCCACUGGCAACCGCAAGGGCAAAAUUGAAGUCGUCAAGUUUGAUAAGUCAAACCUGCAGACCUGUGAGAUUCGUUCGUGCAACCUCAAGUUUGCGCGGGAGGAUGACUUGGUCCAUCAUCUCAAGCGUGAACACAUCGGCCUUGGAGCAAAGGGCGCCAUGACGUGCCCAUGGAACCAGUGCCAGAUGAGCUUCUCGGGACCUAACUCCAACAAGGACUUUGAAAAACACCUGAUGGACCAUGCGUGCACGUGAAGCCACUUCCGGGACUCUUGCCUACCAGCCAUCACCAGUUGACAUUUCUUCUGUGGCCAUCUUCAGUGCAAUCGUGUCAAGAUACAUUUUUCUCGCUCUGUGUUUGAACUGCAGGGCCACGGACCUUUAGUCAGUCAAGCGUUGUAACAUUAUCGUCGUAGUUUUUGUAUGAUUCUGCUGUUUAUACAUGCCUUGUACAUAAAUCACAUCCUACUGCUUUGUACACCAAAGUCACGAUGAAACUUGUCAAUGUGAGUGUACACAUGUUUGUUACACAAGCUCAAAACCACAACAAGAUCCAGCCAACUCACAGAAAAAGGCACAAUCUUGCCAGUGCUCAUUGUCUCAUGUCAUUGAUUUUUCAUCCUCAUGGUUUUUUUUCUUUUUUUGAUAGUUUUUCUUGUUUAUCAGUCAUUGAACAAAAGCACUACUAAGGUGCCCCAUGAGGUGAAGUGUAUACAAAGACCUGGAAGUGUUGUACUACUUCGUGUGUAGUUUAUUAUUGCUUUGGGUUCAGUGUUCUGACCCUUCUCUUAUGCUUCCUACCUCUUGUUUUUUUCUUUAUUGUGUUGUUUUUGUGUUUGUUUUCUACUAUAAUUGUUUCAUGCGAAGAUUUGCAGAAUGUAUCCUCCCACUUCCUUUCCUUUUUACAUGUGGUACUGGGAGCCAUAUUCUCGCUCGGCCACUUUCAGGGAUCCUUCCUUCACUUUCGCAUGGUGGUUUAAUCGGCGUCAUGAUGCCUCACUGGAGGAGAGAUAGGCAUUGUGCCUGCUGAUUUACUUAGCCAGUCGGCAUCCUCUAAAAGGGAUACUCCUGAAGGUAGCCGAUUGAGAAUGCUGCUCCCGUGUUUUGCGCAUUGCUCAUUCUUCUUAUCAUGGCUUGUCAGAAGUUUGGAGGGGCCAGAAUAAAGCAUGCUGUUGAGUUGGAAGUUUCAUAUUGCUCUUUA